AUGGCUCUGCUUUUGGAGGGAUUUCGCUCCAAUCCCCAAGUCUCCCCUCCCGUGAGUGUAUUCAAAUGAAAAUGUGUCUUGCUUCAUUCGUCGUGCUUUGGAGGUUUUAAAGUGACAGGGGGAAAAAUGCACAUGGUCUUUAAGUAUCUCCCUGAGGACCAGGGGUUAUGGGGCAUUUGGAGUUGAUAUUGCUUUGUCUUUCGUUUUGUCGUCUUCCCCCGCUUAAUUUAUGCCCCGUCAGGAAUACAAUACCCGUUAAUCCUCUCUUCCUUUCUCUUUCUCUCUCUCUUUCUCUCUCUCUCUCUCUCUAUUCCUGUCCCACUGACUUUUCCACUCUGUCACUAUUUCAUUUAUCUUCCAGUGUUUUUCCCCCUCUCCGUCUAUCUGUAUUCCUUUCUUCCCAAUUUAUUACCUUUUCCUUUUCUUCCCUCCCUGCCUCUCUCCUUCGUUCCCUCUCUGGUCUAGCAGAUCAAUUCAUAGGUUGUUGCUAAGAGGCUUAAGAGAGACGCCUCUAUAGGGGGAAGUGGAUUGCUCCUUUAUUGAGUUGAAGGAGGCAAUCUGGACGGGGCAGACAGCACUAAAGGAGGGAGGAGAGGAGGUGGUUCUCAAUCUGAGUCUAAAUCAAAUCAAAGUUUAUUGGUCGCGUACACAGAUUUGCAGAUGUUUUUGCAGGUGCAGCGAAAUGCUUGUGUUAUUUAGCUCCAACAGUGCAAUAAUAUCUAGCAAUACAAAACAAUACACACAUAAUACGAAAAUGUAAGAAAGUGAAAUAUAUCCAUCUAUCAUCUCUCUACCUGAUAGAGCACUGUUCAACAUGUACUGUAUCUGUACAUUAAUUAAGAUACAAUAUUAGGUAUGUGGAAUAUGACGUGUGGCCUAAGUACUCUAUAUAUACAAAAGUCUGUGGACACCCCUUCAAUUUAGUGGAUUCAGCUAUUUCAGCCACAUCUGUUGCUGACAGGUGUAUUACAUCAAGCACACAGCCAUGCAAUCUCCAUAGACAAACCUUAGCAGUAGAAUGGCCUUACUGAAGAGCUCAGUGACUUUCAACAUGGCACUGUCGUAGGAUGCCACCUUUCCAACAAGUCAGUUCAUCAUAUUUCUGCCCUGCUAGAGCUGCCCCGGUCAACUGUAAGUGCUGUUAUUGUGAAGUGGAAACGUCUAGGAGCAACAACGGCUCAGCUGUGAAGUGGUAGGCCACACAAGCUCAUAGAACGGGACCGCCUAGUGCUGAAGCACGUAGCGCGUAAAAAUCGUCUGUCCUCGGUUGCAACACUCACUACCAACUUCUAAACUGCCUCUGGAAGCAACGUCAGCACAAUAACUGUUUGUUGGGAGUUUCAUGAAAUGGGUUUCCAUGGCCGAUCAGCCGCACACAAGACUUCGAUCACCAUGCACAAUGCCAAGCGUCGGCUGGAGUGGUAUAAAGCUCGCUGCUGUUGGACUCUGGAGUAGUGGAAACGUGUUCUCUGGAUUGAUGAAUCACGCUUCACCAUCUGGCAGUCCGACGGACGAAUCUGGGUUUGGCGGAUGCCAGGAGAACGCUACCUGCCCCAAUGCAUAGUGCCAACUGUAAAGUUUGGUGGAGGAGGAAUAAUGGUCUGGUGCUGUUUUUCAUGUUUCGAGCUAGGCCCCUUAGUUCCAGUGAAGGGAAAUCUUAACGCUACAGCAUACAAUGAUAUUCUAGAUGAUUCUGUGCUUUGUGGCAACAGUUUGAUGAAGGCCCUUUCCUGUUUCAGCAUUGCAAUGCCCCUGUGCACGAAGCAAGGUCCAAACAGAAAUGGUUUGUUGAGAUCGGUUUGGAAGAACUUGACUGGCCUGCACAGAGCCCUGACCUCAACCCAUUGAACACCUUUGGGAUGAAUUGGAGCGCCGACUGCGAGCCAGGCCUAAUCGCCCAACAUCAGUGCCCGACCUCACUAAUGCUCAUGUGGCUGAAUGGAAGAAAGUCAUCUUGUGGAAAGCCUUCCCAGAAGAGUAGAGGCUGUUAUAGCAGCAAAGGGGGGACCAACUCCAUAUUAAUGUCCAUGAUUUUGGAAUGAGAUGUUUGACGAGCAGGUGUCCACAUACUUUUGGUCAUGUAGUGUAUGAUCAUAUAGGUCAUAUUCAGCCCUUUAUAAUAGUGUAUGGUAGUCUUUUAGAUGAAUGCCUAGAUACGUCUUGAUUUAGCUACAGUGCACAUUGUCCCAAACAAUGCCCACAUAACAUCCAUGACACACUCAUUCAAGUAAACCAGAGUUCAAUAAGUCACACAAGGACUUUCACUCAACUCUGGUCAUGUCAAACACGGUUCACACACAUAAAUUACAUUGCUCUAUCAAAAUGAUCUGUGCAUUAUCCGGCGCCAACUCUAAUAUCCUCUCAUCUAACCACCAUGGAGUAUUAUAUACUCUCUAUAAGGGGGUAAAAUUGAGUGUGCAAUUUCAAAUGUACUUUUACUGUCUUUGAAUGAUUGAAAAUAUAAUCAAAGAAGCAAUCAGUGUAGCUAUUAAGUGGAACAUAAAGCAUCGGAGGCUGCUACAGCUAUGUCCUUGUGAAACUCCAUUGAAAUGUAGUCAUCAAAAGGGUGUCUGUGCUCUUAAGAGGGUGAAGCAGCCUUCACAACAGGACAGGUCUAAAUUGGUCAUCUUUUGUCUAGUGAGGCGCGAGGCAAAUCCUUAAAGCACAUUUUGAGUCGCUUGGCAUGUGUACGUCUAUUAUGCAAGCGCUUUGAGGGGUGCUGACACUUUCCUAUUUUCUGCCUGACACUCCUCGUCACGUCACUUCCAUAACCAGAUUUGUCUGUCCAUGGUUCAAGACGAAAGAAGACAGCCUGCCUUCAGUCAGUCAAGGCUUGCCACUUCUUCAUUUCUUCUUCUUCUUUUUCUGUUGCCCCCUUUCUUAUUUAUUGUGUUUACAAUAGAGGAGAGCACUCUUCUUUUUUGCCCCCUUUUUCCCUUGUCUUUCCAAUGUGGGAAAGGUGAGUACUCUUUGUAUGUGUGCCCUACCUGUGUAAUUUUUGGAAAAUGUGAAAUGCCACAGAAGUCUUUGCCUGGCCGUGUGACACAUGGAGAGAUUACACUUGGGCUCGACCCAGAGAGAUAGAAUGCCCAUCUCUUACACACUAAAGGGCAGUGUUACGAAAGUAAAAUGGACCCCCCGCUACCGUGCUGUUAAGCAACUGGGUCGAGAUUGGGCCACUGGCGUUUGGGUCCUCUCCUUCUUCACCAGUGUGUGGGGUGUGUAGCCUAUGAUUGUGUGUGUGUGUGGUUUCUGUGUGUCUACAGUAUCUGCGCCCAUCGAGUCAGCUCUCUCUCCUCAUAGAGCCUCAAAAUAAGAGUGAGAGAAAGAGCUCCUCUACUCUGUGAAUGUUAAGUACAACCGAGUUCUUCUCAGAAUUUCAUUUAGGUUCUGCACAGCAAUACACAGGAAAUUGGUAAAUAUUCAAUUUAAGGAAAUGCAAUUGCAUUGUUUGCCCUUUCCUUUGGAUGGUGUUGAUGGUUGUCUAGUUAUAAAGGCUAGAUGAUGGACUGGAAUUCCUUUCUGUAUACCCAAACAGUACAAUAUUCUCCUAAUUUAUUUAGCGGCACAGUUACAUGCAGGCGGCUGCAGUGAAACGGAGAAAAACAGGUGGUGGCGUUCAGGGAAAUGGGCUGGUAAAAUGGAGAUCAAUAGGCCAUCCAGAUGAAUAGGCCCGAACCAGAGGAGGAAAUGCGAAUAAAGCUAUUCUCUUUCAUCUUUCCCCCAUCUAUCCCUCCAUUUCAUAAUGGAAAAAGAGUAACACUUGAGUGAGUCAACGUUUUUGUCGCCAUUCAGGGCCUCCCUCCCUCCAUUGUAAAAGGGGGGAAUAUUCUUCAGGGAUUCUGCUGGUUAUGGCAGUUGAUUGUGGUAUUUGGCCUUCUCUUCCCCUUCCUCCCUCUCUCCUCCUCCUCCGCCUCUUCACUUUCUCUUCAUUCAUUUCCAGAAAAUGUGUAGGUAAAUACAAUAUGAUGUGACCUUAAACACAGAUCAGAUUCAAUAUUUGUUAAGGGACCUUGUCUCUGGUGUUGGAAAGAAAAUGGUGUUGGUAGUAAAAUGGCUACCAGUGUUGUUGUCGGCAUGAUUACUAUACAGAUGUAGGAUCUUAAUUUGAGGCAGUUUGCUAAAGCAGGAAAAUAAUCCUGCAGCAACAGGAAAUGUGAAUAAUUAUGUGGAUUAUAAUUAAUGGACAUGUUUUGUAGGGGCUGAUACAUUUUUUGUUAGGGCAAAUCAAGUUUGACAUUUGAAAGUGAAAAUUACAAACUUUAGAAGCCUUUUUAAACCUCGAAUACACUACAAGUUUGCAUUUCCUGCUCAGGAACAAAAUAGUGAUCAAAUUAAGAUCCUACAUCUGACUUUUAUUUUUUUUGCGUAGGAGUUCUACUUCAUUAUACAUGUGUGAAUGCAGUCAUAUGCUGGGAGGAAAGACGUUACCUGAUGCAGUGGGUCCACCCACCUGCAGAGACUUAACCUCCUGCCAGUGGUGUAAAGUGCAGUACUUAAGUAAAAAUGUUUAGUUUUUUGGGGUAUCUGUACUUUACUUGACUGUUUAUACUUUUGACAACUUUUACUUUUAUUUCACUAAAUUCCUAAAUAAAAAAUGUUCUUUUUACUCAAUACAUUUUCCAUUGACACCGAAAAGUACUCGUUACAUGUUUAAUACUUAGCAGGACAGGAACAUUUUCCAAUUCACGCACUUAUCAAGAGAACAUCCCUGGUCAUCCCUACUGCCUCUGAUCUGGCGGACUCACUAAACACAAAUGCUUUGUUUGUAAAUUAUGUCUGAGUGUUAGAGUGUGCCCCUGGCUAUCUGUCUGGUUUGCUUAAUAUAAGGAAUUUGAAAUUAUUAAUACUUUACAUUUUGAUACUUAAGUAUAUUUUAAAAACAAAUACUUUUACUGGGUGACUUUCAUUUUUACUUGAGUCAUUUUCUAUUAAGGUAUCUUUACUUUUAAUUAAGUAUGACAAUAGAUUCCUUUUCCCACCACUGCCUUCUGCAGAUACACGAACGACUCAAUUCUGCCUGAAGCGAACAAAUAGCAACUCCCCUCAGCUACAGUCUCCCUUUCAUCUGACAAUCCACAUCUGACCCACCACUGUCAAUGCCCUCCCUCCAACAUGGACUGGUGUCAUAGACAGUAAUGCUAUAAUGAGGGGUUAAUGUGAGCAGGGACUUUAUGGAGGUGCUUUGAAGAACCUUCCUCACUUACCCCCUAUUGGAUAAAUUAAUCGAAUGAAUAAUCAAAUAGCCGCUCGCCAUGCAGAGGACCAGGGGGGAAAUCUGCAAGGCUUUAAAGAGAAAGCGCUUCUGUGCAUCCCAAAUGGCACCCUGUUCCCUAUCUAGUGCACUACUACUACAAAGGCCCAUAGGAAAUAGAAUGCUAUUUGGGACGCAUCCCCCCUCCUAGGACUCUCCUCCAUUCCCCUUUGGUUUACUUUGGUCUGCUGCUCAGAUCACAGUUUAUACGAAACACAAUAAAAAAUACAAAAAUCCAACAGCUGUCACUUGGCUUUAACCACCUGCCUAUUUAUCUCUCUCCUUGUCAAAGGCGUUAAGGGGCGCUUUUCUGGGGAAAAGGAGAUUAUCGCUAGAACCUCACUGCAACAAAAUGUGUGUUGCACUUGGCUGGGCUUGGUCUGUGAUCAUUUAGAAUUUUAAAAAGAGGUGGAGAUGGGGGGAGACAGGGAGAGAGACAGAGAUAGAUGGGUGGCAGAGGGAGACGGGUUGGCAGAGGGAGAUGGGGCGGCAGAGGGAGACGGGGCGGCAGAGGGAGAUGGGGCGGCAGAGGGAGACGGGGCGGCAGAGGGAGACGGGGCGGCAGAGGGAGACGGGGCGGCAGAGGGAGACGGGGCGGCAGAGGGAGACUGGGCGGCAGAGGGAGACUGGGCGGCAGAGGGAGAGGGAGACUGGGCGGCAGAGGGAGACUGGGCGGCAGAGGGAGACUGGGCGGCAGAAGGAGACUGGGCGGCAGAGGGAGACUGGGCGGCAGAGGGAGACGGGGCGGCAGAGGGAGACGGGGCGGCAGAGGGAGACGGGGCGGCAGAGGGAGACGGGGCGGCAGACGGAGACUGGGGCGGCAGAGGGAGACGGGGCGGCAGAGGGAGACUGGGCGGCAGAGGGAGACUGGGCGGCAGAUGGAGAAUGGGCGGCAGAGGGAGACUGGGCGGCAGAUGCGGAUAAAUAG